CCGGGGCCUCGGCGGGCGAUGGCGACGCAGGAGGGCGAGAAGGCAGGCGCUCCGGGCUGAGGCGCGCCUGCUGCUGCCGGCUUCCCCUGGCCCCGGGGGCCGCCGCCGCCACGGCUCCGAUGGCGUCCGGCCCGCUCGUGCUGGCGCUGCUGGUGCUCCUGGCCCCCGCCGCCCCCUCGCCCGCCAAGGAGACGCGGAGCAGCAACGGCGGCGGCCCCGACGACCGGUCCUUAGUGGCGGAGUAUUUCGUCCAGGGUGCCCAGAAACUCUCCUUCUACAGCUGGUAUGCCAAUGCCAGGCUCUUCCGCUUCCGCGUGCCAGAGGAUACCGUCCAGCUGCGCUGGCUCCUUCAGGCGGCCCAGGGAAGGGGUCCCGACUGCGGCAGCACAAACGUCACCAUCCACUUCCGCCAUGGUGCCCCUCCUGUUAUCAACCCCCUGGGCACGCAGUUCCCAGCCAACACAAGCGUCCGCCUCGCCUACAAUCUGACCACGACUCUGGCCACUCUGGUGCAGAACACCACCUUUGUCAAUGUCACAGGGCCUGCCGCAGGCGACUGGUUCAUGGUGGCCCACCUGCCCAAGGCUGCAGAGAGGAUUGAGGUGAAGGGCAUCUCAACGCCAUGCACCUACAGUUUCCAGCCGGACAUGUUUGUGCUGCGCGUCAUCGACACGCUGAUUCUUGAGCCCGACACUCCUGUGCAGCAGUCCAUUGCCCAGCCCGCCAGGCCCCUUCAUGCCAAGGUCUUUGUCCCCGGCUACAGUGCCGUGCUGCACUUUGAGCUGAGCGGCUGCAAGGUGAACACUUCCAGCCCCUGCGCCCUCCGUGUCACGCUGGGCUCUGCCACGCUGCCUUUGCGCUCCCAGAAGGUGCUCAACUGCUCCGGGGACUGCAGCGGCGUCCUCGCUUCGCCACCGUGGGAGAAGUGGCUGCCCAUCACGGUGGAAAGCCUCAGCGGCCCUGGGACCAAGGUCUCCUUUCAGCUGAAGGCCUCCUUCACAGUAUGCCAGCCUGACAGGGCCAGCUCCUUCCUCAGCUUCUACCAGAGCCUGAACCGGAGCCAGGAGGCACCUUUGCCAGGAGGAAGCCCCAACGCCACCCUUGGCCAAAGCAGCCCCUGCCUGCGCAACCAGCCUGUCAUCCGCGAAGACCUGGACGUGGUGUCUCUGCAUUUCCGUGUCCUUGGGGACGUUGGUGUGCCUGUCCAGGCCGAGCCCCCGGCUUUGCUUCUCUUCAACCUGAACUCGGGCAUGGACAGCGGGGGGACGCUGGUGCUGAAUCUGGCCCUUAACCAGACUGACUGGAGCCUUGGGAAUGCCUCGGUGUGGGCCUGCUUGAGUGCCAGCUCCCCUGUGCUCUCUGCGAACGCCACGAGGGGCUGCCACACAGCUUUCUCCCAAGGCUACCCGCUGAACGUGUCCACCUCUUCUCCAGAUGCUACACUCAUCAUCCCGUACCCAGAAACGGACAACUGGUUCCUGUCCCUGCAGCUCCUCUGUCCGGAGGCUGUGGGGGAAUGUGACAAAGCCAAAGCCCGGGUGUCUAUUGUGACCUACCUCAGCCCCUGCUUCGAUAACUGUGGGACGUAUGGGCAGUGUAGCCUCCUGGGACGCAGUUACCCUUAUGCCGGGUGCAGCUGCAAAGCGGGCUGGAGUGGCUGGAGCUGCACGGAAGACACCAAGGCCCAGCCUGUCGGCACACAGAUCCUGGCCACGCUCCUGCUGACGCUCAGCAACCUCUUCUUCCUGCCGGCGAUCGCUGUUGCACUUUACCACUACCACUUGGUGGAAGCCUCCGUUUACACCUUCAACAUGUUCUUCUCCACCUUCUACCAUGCCUGUGACCAGCCCGGCGUUGCAGUGAUGUGCAUCAUGGAUUAUGACACACUGCAGUUCUGCGACUUCUUUGGCUCUGUGGUCUCCAUCUGGGUGACCGUCCUGUGCAUGGCUCGACUGGAGAAGACCCUGAAAUAUGUCCUCUGUGUGAUGGGGACCCUGUUCAUCGCCAUGUCACUGCAGCUGGACCGCCGAGGGGUUUGGAACAUGAUGGGGCCCUGCCUUGUUGCCCUCCUCAUCAUGAUUGCCGCUUGGGUUCACCGUGGCGUGACACGGCGCGACUGCUACCCGCCCUCCUGGAAGCGCUGGGCUUUCUUCCUCUGCCCUGGGAUCACCCUGGCUGUGGUGGCAAUUCUGGUUUAUGCCUUCAUUCAGACCAAAGAGAACUAUUUCUACACCCACAGCAUCUGGCACAUCCUGGUGGCCUCCAGUGUGGCCUUCCUCCUCCCACCCGGAGACAAGCUCCAGAAUCCGUGGGACUGGCCCCGCAAGCUGCUCUGCCGCUACCAGAUUUGCAAGAACGACCGCGAGGAGCUCUAUGCGGUGACGUGACGGACUGAGAGGGGGCGGGCUCUCAUGAGGCGAGGCUCUGGCCCCAAGUGUCUCCCUCCACGCUUCCGGGUCGGGGCCACCCAUCCUGCAGGAGAGACCAUCACGCUGGCUGGGUGAAGAACAGGGAGCUGCGAGGGUCCACAAGACAGACAGCUCACUGGUCUUCAUCCUAACCUGAGAGGUCGCUCCCUCAUGGAGCAGGUCUCUCCUCCAGUGGAACCAGCAGCGCUUUCUGGAGCCUUCAGGUGCAUCACCGCAGCCUGCUUUCAUUGAAUCUGCGUGGCUGGGAACUGGGAAGCAGGCAGUCCUGCAAUGCUGGGAGUGGGGCUGGAGUGACAACGAGAGUCCAGUGUUUGUAGCGUGGUGGGCGAUCCCAAGACAGGAGGCUGGUGUGCAGCUCUUGGCACCCUCACUCCAGUUAGUGUGGGUUGCUCAAACCCAGGAAGGGUGUGUGAAUGAAUGAAUGCCUGGGACAGGAGGAGAGGCGUCCUUGCUGGCCAUGGUUGGAGGUACCAUGUAUUGCUCAGGGAGGUGCCAAGUUUCUCUGUCCUGAACUAAAAAGCUGAGCUGGAGCAGCCCAGUUCUGUUCCCCUGCCUGUGGGUGCCAAGCGAGCUCUGCCGCUCACUGCCAGGCCUGACUUGGUCAUGUGAUAUUGCUGAAUGAAAACCUCAUGGCACUGUUGCCAUUCAGCGGUGCGCAUCCACCAGCCAGGUGGUUUAAGAUUCUUCAACUGCUGGUGGGCUUUGGACUUGGGUGCAAGCAGGGGGAUCCUGUUCUUGCAUCUUUCUCUCCCCCACUUUGGGGCUGUUCCCCGUUUUGGGGGAGCCACAAUGAAUGUAAAAGCCCUCAGCCAAAUGACUGAGCUCUUUGCAGUCCAGGAGCUCUUAGUCCUCGUGGGCAGGCAAGAGCCCAGCACUGUUUGCUCACCCGUCUUCUGGCUCUUGCAGCUGGCACUGCUGGGCCAGGAUGAGACCCUUUUGCAAAUGCAGACACAAGUGGAAGAGCCAGGAACUCCAGAGUGUUCUUUUAGCGCAAUAACACACACUCCUGUUUCAAGGUCCUUAAUUUGGGGUGUUUAUUUAUUUUUUCUUCCCCGUAGUCACUGCAGGGGAUGGAAGGGACACUAAUCUUAAAUGGGAAAAUGGUUAUUUUGUUGAUUACCUCAGGAAGAACUUCAGCAACUGCAGUUCAGAAAGUUCUGUUAGUACCUUGUUAACUUAAUGUUAUAAUACUUUGCCUUUUGGAAGCUGUUUAAAUCAUUUUAAGCUGUUUAAACUGUCAUUUCGUUCAAUUAAAAGUCAUGCACACUGUG